AUGCCGAACUCCCCACGCUCAUUGCCCAAUGGGACUCACCCCAGACUCAUGCCCCAAGUCACCGGUGGCCAGGACGGUGAAGUCGCUUUGACAUAUCAGGGAGGCCUUAUAUUCGCACAAGCUAUGAAUGCUGCCACAGAGCAAGUAACCGUGAAUCACCCUCAGCCCAAUGCGCUGGACAGACUCGCAAGAAGUCAACCCGCGACAGGCGGAGCUUUCGGGCCGCUCUUUCUGACUGCAGGGUCGGAUCUGGACUCCGGAUGCGCUCCGCUGGAUGAUAACCUCCCGACUGGCACCUCUGGCCAGAUUUGGCCUUCGAUGUUUUCCACGGCUGAUAGCGAUCCCCAAGAGACACCGAUAUCCUGA